AUGCCGACGCCUAAAGUCCUCAAAGCUCUCGAAAUCUACACCACUUAUUUCCAAAAAUAUUUGGACAAUUCUCCAGUAAUGUGGGACACCAAGACCAACAGAUUUUAUUACAUAGGUUGCAUAAGGAAAUUAUAUUUCUGGAUAUGGAAUAUGGCCGUGGUUAUUACAAUUACAGGCUGUGGUACCACAGUCGUCAUCCUAAUCAGAGAAAUAUUAGUGGAAACAAAAACAAUCCCGAUUUUCAAUAUCCUCACUCUGAUAUUACUUUUAGUCAUGGGAACGUCCGAUAUUGGAAUGUCGAUAGGAUUACUGGCCUACGGAAAGGAAUUCGUCUAUGGAUGGAACGAAUUGCAUAAACUGGAGAAAAGAAUGUCCGAACGUGAAAAAAAGAUAUCAAAACCUCAAAAUCGGGAUUACUUGGGAGCAAGCAUGAUAAUAAUGGUACGAUUGUUUACAUUUUACGCAAUUUUUGUCGCCCUAUUUGGACUAGCCAUGAGACUGGAUCCAUUCUAUAUUGUCAUCAACUGGACUCUAUCUAACAUCCAAGGAGACAUUAACAGGGCGCAGGUAAUUAAUGACUAUUCUGUAAUGGUUUUGCACAAGUGGAAUGUGGAAAUUAUGAUGGAACCUGAUAUAAAAGAGAGAAAUAUUUUAAGGAAAAAGCUGAAAUCUUUAAAGCCUAAAAAACUACAUGUAGGUAUUCACGAGCGAUUCCGGAGGAAAGCCUUCGGAGUCAGUUUGGUGCAUUUUAAUAUAAUUCCGAAUUAG